AUGUCUUUUAAGAAGGAAACUCCCCUGGCGAAUGCGGUGUUUUGGGCGUCACGAAAGGGGAACCUGGCUCUGCUGCAGCUGCUCCUCAACUCUGGACGAGUGGACGCUGAUUGCAAAGACAGGUAUGGGACCACAGCCCUGAUGGUGGCCUCCUACAGCGGACAUUAUGACUGUGUGAAGGAGCUGAUCAUGCAAGGAGCCGACAUUAAUUAUCAGAGAGAGACUGGUUCGACAGCUCUGUUCUUGGCCGCGCAGCAGGGACACCAUGACGUGUGCAAGUUGCUCUUUGAGUUCGGAGCCUCCACUGACUGCCAGACAAAGGAUGGUGGCACAGCUCUCACCGUGGCCUCUCAGUAUGGGCACUCUACAGUUGUGGACGUCCUGCUCAAAAAUGGGGCCAGUGUUCAUGAUCAGCUGAGUGAUGGAGCCACUUCCUUGUUCCUCGCAGCUCAGGAAGGUCAUGUGACAGUCAUUCGUCAGCUGCUGUCGUCUGGUGCCAAGGUGAACCACAGCCGAGAGGACGGCACUGCCCCCUUGUGGAUGGCAGCCCAGAUGGGACACAGUGAAGUGGUGAAAGUGCUGCUUCUCCGAGGUGCAGACAGGGACGCUGACAGACAGGACGGUACAACAGCCUUAUUCAAAGCUGCUUUGAAAGGACAUCACAGCGUUGUAGAGGAACUUCUGAAGUUUUCUCCUUCCUUUGGUCUCCUCAAGAAUGGAUAUACAGUCCUCCAUGGCGCAGUGAUGGGGGGUGAUUCACGCACAGUUCAGUUGCUGCUUGGAGCCAGCGCUGACCCAACAUUACCCAACAUGAAUAAUGAACUUCCAUCAGAUCUAACAAAGAACGAGCGAAUUCUUAGGCUGUUACGACCGAGUAUUUGUAACGGGCCCAGUUGA